UUUCUUUCUGCUGCCACCAUGACGGAAGAAAGUGCUUCUAUCGGCUCGGCUAACGGCAAUGACAGAGGCAGCAACAGCCACAACAAUAGUAGGCCAGAGAUAGCGGACGAUGACCUGAUAGCCAACAAGCAAGGGGCUGGAAUCCUCAUGAGGACUCUGGAAAAAGGGCAUGGAUCUCGAUUUCCAAAAAAGGGGGAACACUGUCAGAUUCGCUUCGAAGGUCGCUUGGAAAAUGGCACGGUUAUCGCCAGUUCCAAACAUCAAAAAUCGGCGUUGCAAUUCGAACUCGGGAAACAACACGUAUUGGAAGGAUUGGAAGUGGCCGUGGAACACAUGUGUGUGGGACAAAAAGUGGAGGUGACAAUACCACCGCUCUAUGCCUAUGGACAUCAAGGAUUUCCACCCAAAAUCCCGCCACGGUCGACAUUGAUUUUCGUUUUGGAAUUGGUGGAUGUUAUUAGUUCUGACAAGGAGUGAGGAGUGAGUGCAGUUUUGCAAUUGGCGUCUACUAUUACGGUCUAUGCAGCGACACUUUGAAAAAGAAAGAUUGAACAUCCAAGGGAAACAGAAAGAGGAAUCAUACGUCGAAUGGAUUGGAAUUUCAUAUCCUACCCUCUCUUUGGAUGCACCACUUCUUUCGAAUCAGCCAAUCAAUCUACGAGUAUCCAAAGUGCACUCCAUUUUCUGGAGUUCCCUUUGUGUUCGAUAGCAACCGCACAGCCCUGAGGCAGGUUUGCUGGCUCAGAUGGCUCAGUACGACAGAAGAAGCCACAGAGCAGAUAUUUCAGAAGCAUGCUUUUCCAGGAACCAGCCAAGUGUAUACUCAAAAUCCCUCUCUGUACCGGUAGCCUCAUUGAUCUAUCAAAUGAAUAGGACUUCAUGCGCAUGUCAAAACAAAAAUGAUAAGUUCUAUUGUUGGGC